AUGCAUGUUAGCAACUUAUCCACUCUUGUGCAUUUUUACUCUACUACUUCGUCUACACCCUCCUAUCUCCUGUUCCGUCCCUGUACCCUCUCGAUCCGCAAGAACCACCACAAAACCCUCCUUCGCAAGAACCACCGCAAGAACAAGAACUGGCACAGAAACCCUCUUCAAAUCUCACCAGACCUUGACUCUUGUAAGGCCAUCAACACGAUACGUUUCACUUUGGUUGGCCUUUUGGCCCUUGUUGGCUCGGUAGCCGCAAGCCAUAACAUGUGUGCCUACAAAAAGUACGGCGAUUUUACAGACGACUAUCACGUUACUUUGACACACAGCAACGAGGCCAACCCUAUUAUGGAUCAGUCUGGAGAGCAUUUCGUCAGCACCAAGACCCAAACUUUCACGAACCGCCGAGGCCGUGUUGAUCUUGAUACUGGUGGAGGAUGGAGUGCCGCUUUCGAUGGAACGGACUGGGGCGGUUUCUGGUGGAUGUCGAAGUACGACUGGGGAAAGAAGAGCGUCGCCUGGGGAUGUUACAAUGACAAAUACGCUCCCGGUUGGUGCAAAAUGGAAAUGUUCGAGGCUUGCAAACGCAAGCACGGCGCCUCCUAG